UCAAUCAAUAUUUUUUAUUCCAUUUUUUCUGGUUAGCGCGCCAUGUUUAUAAAAUAUUUCAAUGAUAAUCCUUGAAAACUUUGCAUGAUUAUUUGUUUAAUUCGUGUUUCGACGUGCCAAGUAGUAUAUAAUUGGCGAUAACAGUUCGAGCGGAUUAUUUUGGACAAAGCGUGCCAUGGUAGCGCAAACGAGCACGGAACCCACUAGUGGGAAUCAACAGAACCAACGACGUCAUUCAAUACCGGUUCCCACAAACUAUCGUAGUGCUGCGAAAAUCCUUCGACUGGUUGUUGAAGAGCGACGUAACGUCAAAUCGUUGGUCCUCGAGGACAAGCACCUGCGAAAGGGCAAAGGCCUUGCUAUCAUGGAUCUAAUUUUGGUUAAUCUGAAACAGAUUGAUGAUCUGAUAGCCCGAACGGAACUAAUGCAAAAGAAACCCAAACUAAGUCCUUGGUUAGCAAAAGUUUUGAUUGCGGAACUAAUUUUCGGUCGGGGUGAACUAAACGGCGAGUCUCUGCCGGUACAAUGCGUGCGACGGUAUAAGGAAGCUUUACAGGAUGCAUUAAGCAAAUCCGACGUGGCUCCAGCAAAGUUACUGGAUUUCAAAGAACCUCGUUAUGUUCGCAUUAAUACCAGCGUACUGGCGCAGCCGGGUGCCAUCCGGCUGCUGCAGGAAGAAGGAUGGAUCUUGGUUGACGAAGAGUUUCCGAGCUAUGCGAGUUUUCUGGACCGGGUUAAAAACUUGAACGAUUCUGAAUUUUUAGUGGACUUUCAUUUCAAGGAAGUUCUGGUGUUUCCCAACAGUGCCAAAAACUAUUGGGCGAGAGCAACAGAGCUAAAGCAGAAAUUUGUUCUGCAAAAUAAAGCUUGUGUUCUUCCAACAUACCUACUGAGUCCGGUCAAAAAGAGUGUUGUCUUGGAUAUGUGUGCCGCUCCGGGAUUGAAAACUACGCAUCUUGCCAAUCUGAUGAAAAACAAAGGCCGUAUCUAUGCGAUCGAACGCGAUGCCAAUCGGUAUAAGGUGCUGUGUGAUUAUUCCGCUGAAUUCGGUGUGAUUAAAACGAUUCACGAUGACUGUCUACAGAUUGGUGACGAACAAGCACCGGGCGUGGAGUACAUUCUGAUCGAUCCUAGCUGUUCCGGAUCCGGUAUGGUGGAUCGGCUGAAACUGAAUGAAGAAAUCGAUAAGCAAAGACUGUACAAACUGGGCGGACUGCAGUACAAACUGCUGUGCCACGCGAUGAAUGCCUUUCCGGCAGCCAAAAGGAUCGUCUAUUCGACCUGCUCGGUAUAUCCGGAAGAGAACGAAGAGAUUGUGCAGAGUGCACUGAAGCACAACGGUCACUUUAAACUGGUCGAUGCGAGAGCCAUGCUCGACAAGGAAUGGUUGAACUUUGGUUCGCCGGAUUACGCUGGCGUUGGCGAGAAAUGUUUGUAUGCACGUCCUGAAACUGACCUAACCAUAGGAAUGUUCGUAGCCGUGUUUGAGAGAUGCGACGAAAAUGAGUACAACGAAAUAUUCUUAGCUCACGAGAAACAGAAGGAAAGUUACGAAAAGCUCUCUAAGAUAGGCCAAUUUGAGUUUGGUCGGACGAAAAAGGCGAAAAAAAGAAAGCUUGAAGCGAGCACAUCUACCGAAAUGACUCAGGACUCUGAAAGACAAGAGGAGCUAUGCGAAGAAACCCCAGCAGAUGGUGAAGGUCAGGUUCUGGAGAAGAAAAAGAAGAAAAAAUCUAAAAAGAAGGAUGUUGAAGAAUUGGCUACAGAAGUUUUUGUAAAAACUCCACUUCUCCAAGAUGAACAAGUGCCACCAAAGAAAAAGAAAAAAUCUAAAAAAAUUAGCGACGAUGAAGCACAGCUUACUUUGACAGCGGUAAUCGUCGAAAACGGAAACGGUGUUGACAUUAAGGAUAAGGAUAAGAAAAAACAUAAAAUUAAAUCAAUUAUCGAUGAAUCAGGAAAUCCUGAAGAAAACUCACCCCUCGAUGAAGAAAGUGUGGUUGAGAAAAAGAAGAAGAAAAGUAAACAUCGAGAACAGGAAGAACUUUCCCUGGCGGAAGAAGUGAAAGAAUUGUCUCCUACAGUGGACGAUAUUUCAAAAUCCAAAAAGAAAAAGAAAAAAGACAAAGUCAAAGAUUGAAUCAGUUUUUCAACUAUAAAAAUGCCACAUAGAGGUAUGCCUUCUUUCUUUCCGAGCUCUGAAUAAAGAUCUUUAAGCUUGUUGUAUCAA